GUCAACAAGCAAAAAAAAGACUACAGCUUUUUGUUGUUAAAAUGGAGCCUGAAAUAAGCAUUAAAUCAGAGGUGGAUACUUCAGAAAUAAAGAAAGCAGAUACCACUUUAUCAGCACAUACGAAGCGCAUAGUGUUGGAUUAUCUAAAGGAAAAUGGUUGCACUCGCCUCAAUCUGGAGGUAACAGCACGAACACGACGGCAAAAUUCGCAGAAAAUUAUUGAUUUUAUUUGUGACAGCUAUGAAAAUGCAGAGAAGAGUGUAAAUGAGGACCGUAAUUCAGUCAGUCUAAGCAACAUUAAUGAGUGGCUGAAACUAAUGAAAAUGUCGGAGUUAUCAACGCUUUGCGAAUACGAGGCAGCUGCUGUCGUGAAUGCAAUACGGCGUAAUGAGCCGCAACCAGAGCCGGAACAGCUGGCUGGUGUCAAUAUGAGUGAGAUUUACGGCUUUUUGGAGAAUGCGUUAACUGGGCAACCGCAGAAAAAGUUGAGCAAAGAAAGUGAAGCAUUUUUUUCCCAUGAAAUUGAAUUGCUCAUUGCCGAGGCGAACACCGAGCAAGCGGACGACGAAGCACGUGACAUUGGUUCAAAUUUCUACGAUCGCGAAGAGUACAACUAUGAGAAGGAACCCCACAGAUGUAGCUUAGAUCCAUUAUUUCUAAAUAAGGAGAAUAGUUAAACAAAUUCAUUUCCACACAUAUUUAUUAAACAUUUAAAUUCAAUUGUUUGUUUAUCAAGUUAAAUUGUAUGCGUACAUUGUCAGAAUCCUUAAAUUGUUCAACUUUUCUCAAUCUGUAUGCUACUUAGAUGUAAAGAGACUGCCUGCAUCUUGAAUGUCUUGUCCCUUGUACGUAUUUGUUAGAUAAUUACAUACAUAAUUAAGUACUUUACUAAUUAUGGUAUAAACAUUUUGUUAGCACAUUCAAAAUCUAAAACAAGGGGCACACAAUUACUUGAAGUAGUGUAUAUGAAAUAGUAUAUAAGUAUAUCUAUAUAUUAAUUAUUAUUAAAUUUGGCUCUCUCAUA